AUGUGGAUUCACGGCGAUUUCAGUUUACCUCAGAGGAUGGAGGUCGGAGCUGGGAAUUUUGUAAAACCUGAGUUGGGAGUUCAGUACAACUGGAAUGCACUCUCAGCUGAUGGCAGAUUUGUAGCCCAGGGAUUUAAAACAGAUUCUCAUUUGCAGAGUGAUUUAGAAACAUCCCAGGAAGAUGAGGAGUCACCGGCCAUCAAACAGCUUCGGCGAGCCCUGGAGAUCAACCCUGAUGAUGGCGUUCUGCUGUCGAUGCUGGCUCUGAAGCUGACCGCCCACAAGAAGCACCAAGAGGCUGAAGCCCUGGUAGAGAGAGCGCUGGAGAAGGAUCCUGACAACCCUCAUGCAAUUCGCUACAUAGCCAAAUAUCUUCGCAAUCAGGGGGACGAUCAGCGGUCCAUUGAUCUGCUGAGACGAGCGCUGAAGAGGACCAACCAGUCGGCUUUCAUCCACCACCAGCUGGCUAUGUGCUACAAGAACAAGCAGCAAGCAAGCAAGAACAGCAAGCCCUUCAACAAACAAAAGUUGAAGCAGUGGAAGCAUCUGCGUAUUCAACACCUGGAAGAAGCCGUUAAAAUAAAGUCUUCAUUUGUUGUCGCAAUUGCUGAUCUGGCACUGCUGCACGGAGAGGAAAAGAAUUUCAGCAGGGCUGAGGAGCUGUUCCAACAGGGAUUGCGGAAUUCUUCAUCAGCAGACAAAAUAGUUUUUCAUCUGAACUAUGCUGACUUUCAUCUGUAUCACACCAAACAGGAGGAUAAAGCGAUCCCUCACUACACUGAGGGUCUGCAUUUAACACCGAAUAUGUGGGAGUGGAAAAAGUGUGUUAAGAGGCUGAAGAUGAUCGCAGAGCGGCGCCUCUCAGUCGAUGAGAACGACGCCCAGGCUUACGGCCUGUUGGGUCUGGUGGCCAAAGCUGAAGGCGACAAGAAGAAAGCUGAGGAGUUUUAUGAGAAAGCUCUGGACUACGAUGAAAACAACGACGAGUACCUGUCUGCUCUCUGUGAGCUGCGCAUGCAGCUGCAGUGAUGAAGCACAGAGAUCAGGACUCCAGCUUUUAUUCUGCGUCUGUAGUUGAUCAGGAUGCUGAUUCAGAGACUUCUGUCCUCAUCAGAGAAACAUCAGCUUCUGCUGUUUGUUUGUCCCGUUUGACAUGUUUACAUUUUCCUGAGCCCUCUUGAGUUUAGAGAGUCAACUGUCAGGAGCAAAGUCCGCUCACACUUUAUUGUCUAUGUUCUUUCUUGUAUCUGUUCUUGAUGUAUAAACUGUAGCACUGAA